GGUGUGUAUGUUCUCAUGGAAGACUGCCGUGACCAAAUGUUCCAGAGCAGCCUUUAUAAGGGUCAGCCCUGGUGUGGCUUUGGCUUGAGAGGAAAGGAGAAGGCAAGUGGUGAUCACUAAGCAUCUAAAAGGAGGACGUGCAGGGAUGAGACCCAUGGACCACAGCGUGCUGAAAUGUUGUCUCUUCUCUCUACUCUUGCUAACAGUGUCUGCAGCAGACCCUCCAUCCAAUGCAGCCAUUUUAGCUAGUGAAACGACUCCAGGCAAUGCAUCCAAUACAGCCAAUGCAGGCCAAGCACCCAAUACAUCCAACACAGCCAGUACAAACCAACCAUCCAACACAGCCACUUCAUCCAGUGCAACGACACCCUCCUGUACAACACGUCGAUGUCUGGCCAGCAUGCUGAUUGCGAAAGAAGCUCUGAGUCAGCCACAGUCUCCAUCAUGCAUCUCAAAUAUCAGUGUGCCGUUAAUAGUGUAUGAAACUCUGUCUGUCGAUACAAAAAACCUCCGCUUCGAGAGUCGUCUGCAGGUCAUACUGUCUUGGGAAGACCCUGAUUUAUCAUGGGACACAUCAGUCUAUCAUCAUGAUAUGGUGGUCCUGCCUGUCAGCAAAAUCUGGACUCCUGAACUCCACGUGACUAAUGGAGUGCAAACAACGAUGAAGCACGGCAACAAGGAUUUACUGGUGCACAGCAACGGGACUAUAGAGCACAUGGUCAUCAUGAACACUGUGGUGGGCUGUGAGGUCAAUCUGUACAACUACCCCUUCGCUUCAGAUUUCUGUGCCAUCGGAAUCAAUGUAUGGGUAUUUAGUGGAUGUGGCAUGUUCCUGAACUUUGGGAAAGUGAGCAAAACUAGUGCCAACCGUGGGGACUGGCUAACCGAGGAGGUGGAACUCAAUGCUAAAGGAGGCAGAGAUGAUCGCAACUAUCUAUGGGUUAGUGAGUGUUCCUGGUGA